CUGUGAUUCAAUUUGGAGCCAGCCAGGAAUUCGAUCGGUCGAUUUGAAAUCAAAUUUAAAAUUUCAGAUACGUCUUGGAUUUUUGGCCGUGAUUAAUUCAGACUGUGUUUUUAUUCGCAUUAAGGAAGGGACGUUUUACAGAAAAUUUUUCUUUACUCUCAGCGUGUUUUUAGUCGGAAUCUUAUACCAACCUUUGCGUUUUAGUGUUUCUAAUAUUGAUGCUAUUCUAGAUUUAAAGCAAUCAUCUAGGGUGAGCCCUGAGCAUUUUUAGUUCUUUUUGUGGAAAAUGGUUUUGGCAUAAGGUCACACUGAGUUGGCAUGAGUAUUAUCACGAUGUUAAGAAUCAAGAAUGUAAAAAAGUCAUUGAUGUUUUGGGCAUAUAUUUGAAUCAAUUAUCGGUGUUUGUAUACAUUUUGGUUGUGUUGAUUGACUUCAUUAUUAUAUUUGAUAUAAUAGAAAGUGAUCACAAGGAUAAUUUAAUCAUCAACUCUUCACACGCUGUGCUGAAGGGAUAACAUUUCAGUGAGGCUUGGGAGCUGAUGAGCACCGGCCAGUUCUGACGUGGGUGUCAUCCUAAAGUGUCUGGACUACCUCACUAUUGACUUCCACGAUGGAUCUCAAACAAUCGAUAACGAUCCCGAUUGGCAACGAGCAACUUAACGGCAUUGCAGCAUCAGGCCUGUCGAGGACGACAAGAACUUUAACUGCAUUAUUGGUUCUCUGCUCUAUUAUCUUUCUCGUUGCUCGGAAAUGGAAGAACCGACAUUUUGAAAAAUUGGCGGCAACUUUUCCCGGUCCGACUCCAUUGCCUAUAGUUGGCAACGCCAUGGAGUUCCUACUCAGUGACCCAGAAAGGAUAAUGUCGAAAUUAAUAGAACUUAAAGGACGGUUUCAAUCUCCAUUCAGGUUUUGGCUCGGUAGCAAGCUGUGUGUCGUCAUAGCAAAACCAGCGGACCUGCAGAUAGUAUUGAAUAGCUCGAAAGUUCUUGAAAAAGAUGACGUGUAUCGGUUUUUUAGGAAUACUGUAGGAACUGGUUUGUUUUCAGCUCCAGUUGAAAAAUGGAAAAAAACUCGAAAAGCUGUGACGCCUGCUUUCAAUGCUAAACUUCUAGAGCAAUUCAUGCCUGUUUUCAACGAGAGAAAUACCAUUUUAACUGAAAAAUUGAAACCACAUUGCGGUGAUGGAGUUGAAUUUGACAUUUGGCCUUACAUUAACUCUCUUGCGUUGGAUAUUAUUUGUCAGACCGCUUUGGGUGUCAAGAUUAACACUCAAGAUAACGAGAACUCAGAUUUUGCGACGGCUCUUAUGAGAGCAUCAGAGCUUGAUUACUUGCGAAUUUACAAACCUUGGCUUCAUCCAGAUUUUAUUUUUGAUCGAGUCAGUUAUGCUAAAGAGCUGAGAGAAGUGUACAAAACUCUUCAUGGGCUGCCCAAGGAGGUUAUUCAAAGAAGAAAAAAAGAGUUCGAAUUGAAUAAAAAGUUUAUCGAGGAGAAUAAUCAAAAUAUGCCAGAAAAAGGGAAACAAAUGAGGGUAUUUUUGGAUAUUCUGUUGGAGCUCAAUGACCAGGGAAUCCAAGAGUUCACAGAAAAGGACAUGCUGGACGAAGUGGUUACAAUGAUGAUAGGGGGAAGUGAAACUAGUGCAGUGACGAACUGUUUUUGUAUUCUUCUACUUGCCAUGCAUAAAGAAGUUCAAGAUAAGGUAUUUGAAGAACAGCUGAGCAUUUUCGAUGGAGAAAACCGGCCUGUAACUGUCGAGGAUCUUGGAAAGAUGAUUUACACAGAGCAAGUGAUCAAAGAAACACUCCGUAUGUUUCCGGCAGGCCCUGUGUUCCUUCGGACUGUGAAAGAGGACACAAAGAUAUCAGGUGACCACGUAUUACCUGCAGGAACAACAGCCGUGAUAGCUCCACUAAUGACGCAUACUAGUCCAGAUAUUUGGCCGGAACCGCAAAAAUUCAACCCGGAUAAUUUCACUGCCGAAAAUUUGGAGAAAAAACACAGAUAUUCUUUUAUACCUUUCAGUGGUGGACCCCGAGGAUGCAUUGGAUCCCGAUACGCAAUGAUGUCAAUGAAAACGACGAUAUCAACAUUUAUACGGAACUACGAAGUGACCACGUCAAUGAAGCAAGAAGACAUCAAACUUCGAGUGGAUUUACUGAUCCGCAGCGUUCAUGGCUGGAAUAUGAAACUUUCACCGAGGAUCUACCCGAAUUCCGAUUCUCAAGAAGUUUUGAACCGACAGAAAAUAAAAAUGUUCCUGCUGUCGCCCCUGCUGUUAUUCAUGCUCAUGAUAGUUCUCACGAGCCAUCUGAUAAUCGCAACAUGGAAGAAGAGGCAUCUCUUCAAGUUUUCGUUCCAGCUUCCAGGACCGCCAGCUUUGCCUAUCGUAGGAAAUGGACUGGAGUUUAUUGGAACUCCUGAUGAGGUUUUUAAGAAUAUCGAGAAAAAUAUGGACUCGUUCCCUUCCCCUUUCCGAUUCUGGGUGGGCUCAAAAUUGUUCGUUAUCAUUGCUGAACCAGAGGAUUUGCAGAUCGUACUUAAUAACAGUAAAUCAUUGCAAAAAGACGAAAUGUACAAGUUCUUCAAAAACACGGUCGGCGAGGGUUUGUUCUCUGCUCCAGUUGAUAAGUGGAGACGACACCGGAGAAUAUUGAAUCCAGCAUUCAAUCCGAUUAUUUUGGAGCAGUUCAUUCCCGUUUUUAACAAGAAAGCUAAGGAGUUAAUCGAUAUGAUACGGUGCGAAGUUGGUAAACCUGAAGAAUUUGAUCUGUGGCCAGCUGUCAGCAGCGUAGCUCUCAGUUUAAUCUGUCAAACAACUCUAGGCUAUGAUUUGAAAAUCAGUAAAUCGCACGAUGCUCAUAGUCCUGAAAUGGAAUUCGCCCGAGCUCUCGAAGAAGCUUCUGUGCAUGACUCAAUGAGAAUCUACAAACCUUGGCUACAUCCUGACGUCAUUUUCAACCUAGUGACUUACAUGAACGGAUUUGAUCAAAUCUACAUGAAGCUCAAACAACUUCCAAAUCUUGUUAUCAGACGCAAAAAAGAGGAGUUCAUUGAAAAAAGGCAAAAACUCAUAGAGGAAGUUAAGACGGACGAAAACGAAUUGGGAGCAAAGAAAAAGAUCAAGGUGUUUGUAGACAUAUUACUGGAGAUGUCUGCAGAAGGAGCUAACUUUACGGACCAAGACAUAACAGAUCAUGUGAUAACCAUGAUGGUCGGGGGCACUGAAACCAGUGCAAUCACAAACUGCUUCUGCACCUUAAUGCUGGCCAUGUAUCCGGAACUGCAGGACAAGGCGUACGCGGAACAAGUGAGCAUAUUUGGUGAAAGUGACAGAGACUGCACCAUGGAUGAUCUGGGCAGAAUGACAUAUCUGGAGCAAUGUUUAAAGGAAACGUUAAGAAUGUUCCCUCCUGGACCCAUCUUCAUUCGAGAGGCAGCUGAUGAUAUUCCUAUCCGAAAUUACGUGCUCCCCAAAGGAACCUCAGUCUUAAUUUCCCCGAUGAAAACGCAUAAACUGCCUCAUUUAUACAAAAAUCCGCAUGAAUUCAAUCCCGAAAACUUCUCGGAGGAGAGCGUCAGAAAUCGCCAUAGAUACAGUUUUAUUCCUUUCAGUGGAGGACCUCGAGGAUGCAUCGGAUCUAAAUAUGCCAUGCUGUCGAUGAAAACUGUCAUGUCAACAUUCCUCAGGAAUUUCAGAGCCGAGACAACGUGUAAAUUAUCUGAUAUAUCCUUGAAAAUAGACUUGCUGGCCCGAAGUAAAAAUGGAUAUCCGGUCAAAAUAUACCCGAGAACUUUACCGAAGAAUGCAGCAGCGUAACCACUGAGACUGACUUACCUAAGGCUUCAAGGACUGAUUGUGAGUUUGAUUCAUAGUGAGUACAUUGAAAAAACUCAAGCUCAGAUUUGGUGGCGAUUUUUUAUAGAUAUAAGUAAAAUCUGCUUGUCAUUUAAGUUCACGAAAUCUAAACUUGAGCUUUUCAUUUUAGUCACAAUUGAUGCUCACUAAGAAAAUUAUUUAUUCUUUCUUGUAAAUAUUAAUAUUUCUCCACAUCAAUAUUGCAGUAAAAUUAGGGAAUGAUUCCCCGUUUUAUCUCGUCAUUUUUGUGGGAACAAGAAUCCCUGUAUACUUCCAUGUUGCACUUGCAGGUAAAAACAACUUAAACUCUAUUCUAUUCGUCAUCUGAGAGAAUUUAUUUGCAAAAGAUAUGUUUACUUGGAAUCACAAAUGUUUUGUACACUAACAUCGUAAAUGCGUUCAAAUUACGUGUCAUAGUAAGUACAAUAAAUAUAUCUGACGAAUCGAGGUACUAUAGAUCCGCAUUUUAGGGAAGCAUUUUCAUCGAAAGGAACUAUGUCUGUUGUGACAUGAGUUCUGUCAUGCAUAUAUUCUAAUUUAUUUCAGAGCUCAUGCCAGAAUAGAUGUAGUUCCUUUUAUACUUCAAAACGCAGCAAAUAUGCAUAUGCGUAGCCUGAUUCAUCGUCAGAAUUAAAUCACAAACGAGGUUAGAUAGAAUGUAUCCUAUUUAUUUACUAAGUAUGAACUGAUAUUCCUUCGGUUUUUUGUGAUAAACAUCGUUAACUCUUGUGAACAAAGAGCUACACUGAUGUAACGAACAAUAAAGUAUUCAAGAAAAAUCCAA